UGUGCGAGUGUAUCCUUGACCUUUCAAGUUAUCCCGCCAAGGACGUUUGCGGUGUCACUGCGAGUCUGCGACAGUGCUUGUCUUCUUUCUACUUAUUAUAGAUCCCAGGCUAGGUUCUUCAACCCAUUUCCUCGAUAACCCAUGCUUGACCGCCAGCUGUCUCCAAAACUAGCCUACAACAACUACUCACCAGCUAAUGUCUUCGAUAAUCAGCACCUCAACUUCGGCGAAGGUUGGCAGGCCACCUUCCCGGACGAGAAGCCUCUGACAUCUGCCUUGGACGGAGGUCAUCCUUAUGCAAGACAACCAUCAUCACGCCUGGCACCAAGUGCAAUCCUGGCGAGAUGUAGAAAGUUCUUGUCUCGCUAUCCCAUUUUUUCCGACUUAGCAUCUACAUCAUCGAAUUCACGGCGAUCUAUUGGCCCUCUUACCACACCUUCCCCAUCUUCAGCCGUUUCAAUGUCUCGAUUUAUCCUUCUGUGCAGUUUCUGGUACACCACAUCUGCACUUUCGUCAAAUACUGGCAAGACUAUCCUCAUGCAAUUCCAAUAUCCUGUCACCCUCACCAUCAUACAAUUUGCAUUCGUCGCCGGUUACUGUCUGCUCCUCAUGUCGCCAGUCAUUCAAUUCACAAAAUUGCGUCCGCCAACUGGCGCCAUUUUGCGAAGCACCCUGCCCAUGGGCAUGUUCCAAGUCGGCGGUCACAUGUUUUCUAGCAUGGCAAUUGCCAAAACAUCCGUCAGCACUGUUCAUACUAUCAAGGCUCUAUCUCCACUGUUCACCGUUGCCGCUUACGCCAUGCUUUUCGGCGUCAAAUACUCCCCAAAAACGUACUUCUCUCUACUCCCUUUGACUAUUGGUGUCAUGCUGGCAUGUACGUUUGAGUCGGCCUCAAGUCCGACGGGCCUCCUGUGCGCAUUUGGCUCUGCCCUUGUGUUCGUCAGUUCCAACAUCUUCUUUAAGAAGAUUAUGCCAUCAGGGUCGCAGACAUCGUCCCACAAGUUAGAUAAACUCAACUUGUUAUUUUAUUCUUCGGCCAUGGCAUUCGCAUUGAUGAUCCCGAUUUGGAGUUUCACCGAUUUCCCUCGUCUCCUCGCCGCCGACUCCGCCCAUGUUACACACCCGACUCGUGGACACGAAGCUCCUCAUACUAUCCCGUAUUACUUCUUCAUGAAUGGAACCGUCCACUUUGCGCAAAACAUCAUCGCAUUUGUGAUCCUUUCAAGCACGUCCCCUGUGACGUACUCAAUCGCCUCCCUUAUCAAGCGCGUCGCAGUCAUUUGCAUCGCCAUAGUCUGGUUCAACCAGAGCGUACACCCCAUGCAGGGCCUCGGUAUUGGGAUGACCUUUGUCGGGUUAUACAUGUAUAAUACGGCGAAGAGUGAUGUUGAACGAGGGGAGAAUAGAAUGCGCAGAGUAGAGGCGACGCGAGACAUGAUGCUUCCCAUCAAUCGGACGGAGGAGAAGCUAUUGAAUGGAAGCUCGCCACCAACUCCCGUUCCUGGUACGCCUGAGCUUCCUGUGGCUGCAACCACGGGAAUGGGGCCACACUCUGCUGGUGGCCGACCGCGGGUGCAGAUUCCAACAAAUGGGCGUUUACACUCAGAUUCACAUGGGUAUGGGCAUCCUAACCUACAUAUCCAAAUUUCUCCCAAGGACCCUUCGUCCAUCUUUUCGAAGCGACAUAACAUUUCGCCCACAGAGCCAUACCCCUCGCCGCCUCCCUCCAUAGACUCGCCACCUUCCAAUACGAUCCCUAUUGGAUAUCAGCCCCCACGGAUACAACAGCAUUUCGCGGAGUCAUUGACUGUCGGACACGUUGUUGCCUAGCAGAACUCAAUAUUUCUAUCCAUAUUUAUUCUUGAGGAUUCUUGCCUUUGAUUGGUGUAAAUAGUAUUACGGCCAACGGUCUCUACGUGACAUUAUACUGUGUAUUGCACAUUCUGUUCGAAGGACGAUCUGGAUGUGUACAUACGUAUGUGCUGCCAUUUGUACCUGGUUAGUACAUAUUUAGAUACGAAUCCGCGGAAGGUUUAGUUUGCAUAUACCCACGUCUGAUUCUGAAG